AUGUCUUCCAUCCUCAUCGUCGGAGCCACCCGCGGCCUCGGCGCACAGCUCGUCAAACGAUACGCCUCCAACCCAACCAAUACCGUCUACGGCGCAUGUCGCUCCUCCACCCCACCCUCCUCCCCUUCCGGGCCCAACAUACACUGGAUCCCCUCCGUCGACCUGACCAACCCGGAAUCAACACCACUCGACACCCCAUCCUGGCGCGACCAAGUGACGAUGUACACCACCUCGGCCAUCGCGCCCUCGUUCCUCAUCUCCUCCCUCGUCAACUCCUCCAUCAUCCCAUCCGACUCCAACUCGAAAAUCAUCCUCGUCUCCUCCGAGUCCGGCAGCAUCACCCUGCGUCACCCGCAGGAAGGAGGGGGCAACUUUGGCCACCAUGGCUCCAAAGCAGCGAGUAACAUGCUCGGAAAGCUUCUGUCCCUAGACCUCGCGCCCAAGAAGAUCGCGGUCGGCGUCGUGCAUCCGAGCUUCAUGAGGACGGAGAUGACGAAAGGGGUGGGCUUUGAUAAAUUCUGGGACGAUGGUGGCGCGUUGCCGCCGGACGAGGCCGCCGAGAUAUUGGCCAAGUGGGUGGAUGGGACAUUUGGAAUGGACUUGACGGGCCAGUACUGGGCGCCGAGGGGGACGAGGGACAUUGGCACUUGGGAUGCUGUGAUGGGUGAGAAGAGUGGGAAGGAGGGUCCCGUGCAAUUGCCAUGGUAG